AUCACGUGACCAGUGCAUGCUGUGUUACGUCACACUUAUGGGCGUGUCUCUCCGCUCUCGUUGACUCAUGGACGCCAUUAUUGAGGGCGGAUUACAUCAGUCAGCUUCGCGGUGCAUGGACGCGCUCCGUACAGCGGCUUAACUCAUGAAGGUGACCCGCUGAGCCCAGUUACAGUGAUGAUGCUGACCCGCCUUUUCAGGCUUCAUGGCCUGUUUGUGGCCUCUCACCCCUUGGAGGUGAUCGUGGGAACAAUCGCUGUGACCAUCUGUCUCAUGUCCAUGAAUGCCAUCGCAAGUGGAGACCAGAUCUGUGACUGGAAGUACCAGUGUCCUAAAGCGCAAGAGAAAAUCCUGAGCAGCGACAUCCUCAUUCUAACGCUCACCAGGUGCACGGCCAUCAUCUACAUCUACGUGCAGUUCAAAAACCUGAGGCAGCUCGGCUCCAAGUACAUGCUCGGCAUCGCUGGACUCUUCACCGUGUUCUCCAGCCUCGUCUUCAGCAUCGUGGUCAUUCAUUUCCUUGGCAAAGAGCUCACAGGCCUCAAUGAAGCGCUGCCUUUCUUCCUGUUGCUGAUCGACCUGUCGAAAGCCUGCACGCUGGCCAAGUUCGCGCUCAGCUCCAACUCUCAGGAGGAGGUGAGGGAGAACAUUGCUCAGGGAAUGGCCAUCCUGGGCCCAACUUUCACCCUGGAUGCAGUGGUGGAGUGCCUGGUAAUCGGAGUAGGAACCAUGUCUGGAGUGCGACAGCUGGAGCUGGUGUGUUGUUUCGGCUGCAUUUCCGUCCUGGCGAACUACUUCGUCUUCAUGACCUUCUUCCCUGCCUGCGUCUCUCUGGUGCUGGAGCUUUCGAGAGAGAGCAGAGAGGGGCGGCCGAUCUGGCAGCUGAGUCACUUUGCUCACGUGCUGAAGGAAGAAGAGGACAACAAACCCAACCCUGUCACACAGCGCGUCAAGAUUAUUAUGUCUCUGGUGCUGGCGUUGGUUCAUGCACACACACGCUUGCUGGCUGAGUCUCCUUCCAACAACUCCUCGGGCUCUGCUGUGGAUCUGCACGGCCCCAACAUCGACACACACACAACCAUGACCAGUUUGGACAUGGAGCAGGUCAUCACUCUGGCUCUGGCUCUCCUGCUGGCUGUGAAGUACGUCUUCUUCGAGCAGGUGGAAAACGAGUCCUCCUUGUCAAUCAAAAUCCCACAGACCUUCCUGACCAAUAAGAGAGCAGAAGAGGAGUGUUGUAGGAGGGACAUAGCUUUACCCAGAAUCCCCCACACAACGAACACAGAUCUGAAUCCAGCGCCACUUUUCAUCCCGGACAGCAGAGAUAAAGAGACUCGGCAACAGGCAGUGUCGUGUCCUUCUGCUCAGAGACCUGCAGCAGAGGAAGAGUGGGAGGAGAGAGAAACACAAAUCCCUGCAACUUCAGUCCAACCUCGUCCUCUUAACGAGUGCAUGAGGAUCCUCAGAGACCCACAGCAAGGCCCACGUUGUCUAAGUGACACUGAAGUGAUAGCACUGGUGGAGAACAAGAGCAUUCUGGGAUACCGCCUGGAGUCAGAGCUUGAGACUCCGGAAAGGGGCGUGGCCAUACGGAGGGAAAUGUUGGUGUGUAAGUUGCCCCGGCCCUCAGCCCUGGAGCACCUCCCCUACACAGGCUACGACUACUCCAAGGUAAUGGGCACAAACUGUGAGAACGUGAUUGGUUAUGUGCCUGUGCCAGUGGGCGUGGCUGGACCGCUGCUAUUAGAUGGAAAGGAGUUUUACGUUCCCAUGGCGACGACCGAGGGCUGUUUGGUAGCCAGCACUAACCGAGGCUGCAGGGCUAUCACUCUCUCAGGUGGAGCGAGUGCACGUGUCCUGGCUGAUGGUAUGACUCGGGGUCCGGUGGUUCAGCUGCCGUCAGCGUGUAAAGCUGCAGAAGUAAAAUCCUGGCUAGAAAGUUCUGACGGCUUCAGUUCACUUAAACACGCCUUCGACAACACCAGCAGGUUCGCUCGGCUGGACCGUCUGCAGGUCUGUCUGGCUGGCAGGAACCUCUACAUCCGCUUCCAGUCUCAGACCGGUGACGCCAUGGGCAUGAAUAUGCUCUCUAAGGGUUCAGAGCAUGCAUUACGCAGACUGCAGGAACAGUUCCCUGAGGUACGCGUUUUGGCCGUGAGCGGAAACUACUGCACCGACAAAAAACCUGCGGCCAUCAACUGGAUCCACGGUCGAGGGAAAUCCACAGUGUGCGAAGCCACGAUCCCGGCGCGAGUGGUGCGAGAGGUGCUGAAGACGAGCACUGCAGCUCUGGUAGAGCUGAAUAUCAGCAAGAACCUGGUGGGUUCCGCCAUGGCUGGCAGUGUGGGCGGCUUCAACGCACAGGCCGCUAACAUCGUAGCAGCCAUUUACAUCGCAUGUGGACAGGACCCAGGUCAGACAGUAGGCAGCAGUAACUGUAUCACUCUAAUGGAGGCCGUCGGGCCACAGGGAGAGGAUCUGUGUAUAUCCUGCACCAUGCCGUCUAUAGAGUUGGGCACCGUCGGAGGGGGCACAAACUUACCCCCGCAGCAAGCCUGUCUGCAGAUGCUGGGCGUACAGGGUGCGAGUGCAGACCACCCUGGGGAAAACUCGCGCACUUUGGCGCAGGUGGUAUGUGCGGCGGUGACGGCGGGAGAACUCUCGCUCAUGGCUGCUCUCGCUGCUGGACAUCUCGUCAAGAGUCACAUGACUAUGAACAGAUCAACAGUUAACCUACAGGAAAUCUCCACCUCGACGCUGAAGGAUCCUUCCUGAUGGUGCAUUCUGGGAAAACGAGAGUCUACGCUUGCUACAGAAUUACCGACUCUCAGGACUUGUUUUUUUUUUUUUCUUUCCAAGGAAAAACUCAGCAGAAGCAGAAUUCUCAGAUCCAUGUUUGUGCUUCUGGAGCAGCUUUGCACUAGUGUUUGGACAGUGAUGAAUGUAUGCGCUAACGAUGAAGUAUUGUGACUUGGUGAAGCACUGUAUAAACCGUAUAAAGCCGCGCUGCGUCGAGGCGGAGAUCACACGUAUUUAAAAAAGAAAAAAAAGAGACGAGACGAGUUUCAGGCGUAACAGUGACAUCACUACUAAAAGCUCAUUCUGUGGUACACUAAAUUCUGGAUUUUUUCCAGAUGUCUGCUUUCUGUUCUGGUGUGUUGAAGCUCAGUGUCAAAUGUAAGUCACUGUUCACACAGUUGUUUUUUUCCGUUUAUAGUUACGCUUCUCGUCGAGUAACUUUUUUUGGACUAACACGCACACACACACUCAGCCCUGAUCCUGCAAAACAAAAUAACAUUAAAGCCAUAUGACUCUCAACUUCAUGAACCGUAUUGUUUCGUUAAAUCUUGUUUAAUAAUGAAUUUAAAAUUCAACAUGACUGUAUUUUUUGUUUGUUUAAUAAAAUUGCAAUAAAAUAAAUAACGCGCAGUCAUUCGGAUCUGCUGCAAACCA